AAGCACAAAGCGGAAGGCAUCACACUUUCACAGUUCCUCCACAGUCACACUCUCCCACAGUCCCACCAGUCCACCACUCGUCCACUCCCCUGCUUCACCGAAGCGUGCCGGCACCGGCAGCAAGCAGUCGGGAGCUAUGGCUCCGCCGCUACUGCUCGUCCUCCUCCUCCUCCCGGCCCUAGCCGCCGGCCACCAGCACCCGUCCUCCUUCGGCUCCUCCGCCCUCUCCGAGUGGCGCUCCGCCAAGGCCUCCUACUACGCCGCCGACCCCGAGGACGCCAUCGGUGGAGCGUGCGGGUUCGGGGAUCUGGGCAAGCACGGGUACGGGAUGGCGACGGUGGGGCUGAGCACGGCGCUGUUCGAGCGCGGCGCGGCGUGCGGCGGCUGCUACGAGGUCAAGUGCGUCGAGGAUCUCAAAUAUUGUCUCCCCGGCACCUCCAUCGUCGUCACGGCCACCAACUUCUGCGCCCCCAACUACGGCCUCCCCGCCGACGCCGGCGGCCACUGCAACCCGCCCAACCACCACUUCCUCCUCCCCAUCCAGGCGUUCGAGAAGAUUGCCCUCUGGAAGGCCGGCGUCAUGCCCAUCCAAUACCGCCGUGUUAAGUGCCUCCGUGAAGGUGGUGUCAGGUUCUCUGUCAAUGGUCGACACUUCUUCUUCACAGUGCUAAUCAGCAACGUUGGUGGUGCGGGUGAUGUGAGAUCGGUGAAGAUCAAAGGAACAGAGUCAGGAUGGCUCUCGAUGGGCCGCAACUGGGGUCAGGUGUGGCACAUCAACUGUGACAUGAGGGGCCAGCCCCUGUCCUUCGAGCUCAGCUCAAGCGAUGGCAAGACGCUGACCAGUUUCAAUGUCGUGCCCAAGGAUUGGGAAUAUGGAAAAACAUACACCGGGAAACAGUUUCUGCUGUAGAUGGAGUACCACACGAUCAGCUUACAGUUUCUAAUUUUUGUUCUGAUCCUACGAGUUGGACUGUGGUGUAUAUUCCUCUGUGGAACAAGUAAUAUCAUUAGGAGAAAGUUACUAGUGCAGGGCCUCAAAUAGUAGUUCUUGCUCAUAAAUGCAUUUUCGUGUCCCCUGAUAGAAGGCUUGAUGUAUCGAUCAAAAUAGAAGGCCGUAUUUUGGGCGUCUCCAUUGUAUUACAACAUUUUACCUGGCAAGCAAUGAUAAUAGUAUCUCUGCAUUUCUGUAGU